UGAAAAAUAGUAAUUGUAUAGUUAAGAUACACAUAAAUUCAACUUUACUUUAAAAAAAAUUGUAAAAGAAAGAAGAGAGAAAUACAUUAUAGAUAGUCUUCUUAGAGGUAAAAACAAAGAGAGGGUUAGGAAAAAAUUUAGUGUGAUAAAAUAGAGUUUACGUAAAAUAAAAUUGUAUUAACUUGUCGGCAAAAAAAAACACUUCUGGUUCUUACAAAAGCUUAUUUUCCUUUAAAUUGGGCCCACGAUAAUUAGCCCAAUAAAAAAAAUAAGAUAAGGCCUUAACUAAUCACUCCGUCAUCAAUUCAAUCUAAAAUCCCAUUCAUGCAUGAAUCUUGCAACACUGUCACAAUCAGACCAAAUCCAUUAUCGCUGUUACUCCCUUCAAAUCACACGACGACAACAGAACACCCAUCCAUCGAUUAGAGGGUCCCACCAAUCUCUUUUCCUUUUGGAAAGUAAUCUAUAUUGACCCAGUUGGAAAUUUUGUAUUCUUAAUACCCCACUUCUUUUCUAACUACCCUACCAUAUUUCCCUUCUCUUUAUUACCCUCAGCUAUUAUAUUAUUAUCUACUUCUUGCUGACCCCACACCUUACUUUCUAAUUUUAAAAAUAAAACACGGACCCCACACCUUACUUUCUAAUUUUAAAAAUAGAAAGCGGACCCCUCAUCCUCCCACAUAAAGUCCAUAAUUAAUGGACACCUAACAAGCGACCCCACACUCCAUCUACCUCUCUCCUUCCUACAGGUGUCCAUCUGUUCCUUUUUUUCAGAUCCUGCUCCCUUUUUUCCAACCACCUGCGAAUUCUUCUUCCCCUUCAAGCUCCAUUGGCGUAUUUUGGAGGUUAUUUUGACGAAAAUUGGAAAUCUAUGGCCUCACCUAUUACAAUCAUAUGUUUUGAUUACGGAGGAAGUUACAUCAAAGAUGGGGGUGAGAGAAGAUGGAUCUCGGGAGAAGAUGAAAUUCACACUCUAGUGAUGAAGACAGCUGUGGAAGAGAUUACGUAUUCUGAAUUGGUUGAAAGUAUAUGCAGAAAGAUUAAGGCAAAUGGAGAUGGGAUGGUGAAGAUUAGUUACUUUCCAAUGGUAUUGUAUUCGAACAAGCCAUCAUAUAUUUGGUGUGAUGAAGACGUUUUGGGUUAUCUCAUGCAAGUAAAUCAUGAUAAAUGUAGAAGUGUUUUACAUGUGGAGAUCAGCAGCGACAUGGAUGAUACAUAUGGUGGUAUGUCACUUUUAGGAGAUGAUGAUGAGACUGAUGAUAGCUAUGUUGGUCUUUCUGAUGAAGAUGAUGAUGAAACUGAUGAUAGCUAUGUUGGUCUUUCUGAUGGGACCGAGGAAGAUGACACUGAGCAAGAUGACACUGAGCAAGAUGGAACUGAUCAGGAUCAUGAGAUGGAUGGUGUGGUCGCGCUUUACACACCCGAACAACAUGAAGACAUUGAGAUGCAUGAGAAUUUAGAGCAUGGGUAUGAAGGAACAGAAGUAAGAGUGGAAGAAGAAGCUGGAGGAGCGGAAGUUGAAGCUGCAAGAGCCGGAGUUGCAGCUGCAAGAGGAGGAGUUGAAGCCACGACUGCAGUAGAAGAAGAAUGGGAUGAUGGUCUCGAUUUGGUUAAGGGUCAAGAAUUCAGAACUAAGGUAGCCAUGCAAGUUCUAGUUCAGAGGGGUGCGCAUAAGAAUGGUUUUGAGUAUGAAACAUUGAAGUCCGAUACUGUGAGAUUUGUGGCAAAAUGUCGAGGAGCCAAAGAAGGUUGCAAGUGGUAUUUGCGUGUAGUAAAGCUUAAGAAUUCAGAUCUUUGGACGGUUAGAAUUUACAACAAGUCUCAUACAUGCUCAGUAGUAACUACAAGUACCCUUAGAAACAGAAGAAGAGGCACACCACAUGUUGUCGCAUCUGUUUUGAGUGAAGAAUAUCCCGGUAGAUAUGACACACCAACACCAGCUGAUCUGAUCAGUAUGGUUACCCACAAGGUUGGUGUUGAUGUGUCGUAUGCCACAGCAUGGAGAGGAAAAAGGAUGGCUGCUAAUGAAGUCCGAGGUACUCCGGAAGAGAGUUUUUCUAUGAUACACUCCUACAUGUACAUGCUUAAGUUGAAGAAUCCUGACUCAGUAAGUUAUGUUGAAGUGGAUGCGGCAAAAAGAUUUAAGUAUCUAUUUUUCGCAUUUGGAGCUUCCAUAGAAGGAUUCGCAGCGAUGAGGAAAGUUAUCAUUGUGGAUGGAACACAUCUAAAGCAUGUUUAUGGUGGAGUUCUGCUUGUUGCGACGGCUCAAGAUCCGGAUCGUCACCACUACCCUAUCGCAUUUGGUGUAGUUGAUGGUGAGAAAGACGAAAGCUGGAUGUGGUUUAUGAAUAAGUUGAGGUCAGUGAUAGCAGAUGAAGGCGAAUUGGUGUUUCUUUCGGAUAGAAAUGCGAGCUUGAUCAAGUCAAUACGUGAGGUGUUCCCAAUGGCUGCACAUGGGUAUUGUAUCUGGCAUUUGUCUCAAAAUGUCAAAGGACAUGUUUUCAACAACAGAGACGCUUGCGCAAGCAAGUUUACAGAGUGUGCACAUGCUUAUACAGUGGCUGAGUUCGAUGAUCUCUACGAUGCCUUUUCCAGAAGGUAUCCUUCUGCUGCGGCGUAUCUGGAGAAAAGUGUUGAAGUGAGAAAAUGGGCAAGAUGUUACUUUGAAGGAGACAGAUACAAUGUUAACACAACUAAUGCAGCAGAAUCCAUUAAUGGUGUUCUUCGGGAAGCGAGGAAAUUCUUCAUGCUACCGAUGAUUGAUGUUAUCAUCAAGAAAAUGACUGAAUGGUUUAACAAACAUAGGAAGAAGGCAGCUGAAAUACCAGUCACAAAGAAGCUUGUGCCAACAGUGGAAAAGGAGUUGUCAAAAAGAUGUUUGGAAGCGAGGUGUUUAGAUGUUGUUGAGAUAAACAGCUUCCACCUUGAGUACAAUGUCAAUGGUAGUGACGGAAAGAUUUAUACGGUUGAUUUGGCAAGAAAAAUGUGCACCUGCAGGUGUUUUGAUCUAGACAAAAUCCCAUGUGUUCAUGCUGCUGCUGCUGCCAAGUUCUUGAGCGUAGGAAGAGAUCUUCAUCUACAAGAGUUUUGUUCAAAAUACUAUUUGGUGGAGUUGUGGGCAUUGGCAUACUGUAGGACGAUUUAUCCAGUUCCUCAUAUGUCUGAAUGGGUCAUACCUGAUGAGAUUCGAGCACUUAAAGUUCUUCCCCCGGUAUACGAAAAAAAGAAAGGACCCACUCAAAAGCAAAGGUUUCCAUCAGCCGGAGAAUCUCGUGGACGAAGAAGAGGACGCGGAAGGGGAAGAGGCAGGGGCAGGGGAAGGAGAGGCGGACGUUUGCAUGAGUAUUUUGAAUGUGGAAGUACUUCUUCCCCCACUGAGUAACAUGGAACUCUUGUACUAGGUAACACUGCACUACUCGGUACUACUGUGAACUACUAUGUGUAAUAUGGACUACUCGGUACUACUGUGAACUACUAUGUGUAAUAUGGACUACUAGGUACUACUUUGGACUACCUUGAACUACUUUGAACUACUUUGAAUUACUAUGUAGUAUGCAUGUUUCAAAGAACUUUUGUUUUUGUCUUAUUAUUUAUUUUUAGAAAAAAUAUCUCAUAUAUUACGAGAUUAUAUGGUCA